AUGUCGAAAACGUUCAAAACGCGAAAAACGNUUGGGAGUGCAGGGCCAAUAAGAUUUAUUGUGAAUGAAGAUGAUAAUUCUGCAGCGGUGGUUGAGACUGCUUUAAAGUUAUAUGCUCGCGAGGGACGCCUUCCAAUUCUUGGUUCUGAUGUCAACAGUUUCUUUCUCUACCCUGCCAAUGCUGGAUUGGACGCUCUUUAUCCAACGGAGUUAAUAGGAUCACGCGGAGUAAGGAACUUCGUUUUGUGCAAGAAGCAAAUCAAUCCACACAUGACUGAAGGAAGGUCGCAGGUUAUUGCUCAAAAGGGAGGAGGAUGGCUUGCGUGGCUGCAGAAAUCAUUUAGUCUAAAAAUAUUAACUCAUUGAAAUGCCCUCCUCGUUUCAACUCAUUUUGCUCUCUUGUGCUCCUGUAGUUGGGUUAAUAAAGGGUAUUGUAAAUACAUGGGAUGGUAAUAAGGAAGUAAAGUAAGUUAAAAUAUUACUCAAUUCCAUCUAUGUAACAGUGUUUUGUAAUAGAGAAGUUUUAUGCAUUUAUCUAAGAAAUUUGGAUUCAAGUGCCUCCCAUGAAGAACUUGGAGUUAUUUGUUCCU